CUUUUGACGUGUUAUUGUCUAGAGAAAGUCAAAACAAAUCCGGUGUCCCAGUUGGCUGGUACUUUGUUGGCACAGCCUGCGAAAAACUUACGAACCGACUAUCAAAAUACAAAAGACAUUCUUUGUUUUGAGAGCCCUUGUGAACAGUUUUCCUGUUGUAAACAUUUCAUGUGCUAAGCUGUAUCCUCCCUAGCCGCAAAAUGAUUGCAGGCGGUCAUGGUGAUCCGAACCCCAACACUUCAUGGAUCAAUUCCCGUGGAUUCUGGUUGGCCUAUGUUCUUGGUGUUUUUCUGACUCACUUGAUAUUGCUCUCGGUGCCAUUUAUAAGUAUUCCCAUGGCAUGGACUAUUACCAAUUUGCUACAUAAUGCGGCUCAUCUAUACUUCCUACACUCAAUCAAAGGCGCUCCAUGGAUGAGUACAGAGAACGACACCUGCUCACGCCAAACGCACUGGGAGCAAAUCGAUGAUGGCGAGCAAUGGACGAAGACACGACGAUUCCUAAUCGCGGUCCCUAUUAUUUUGUUCCUGCUAACUUGCCUCUAUACACGCAACGACAGUGAUCACUUCAUCACCAACUUUAUAUCGCUCAUUGUUGUCCUUCUGCCAAAACUCCCACAAUUUCACGGAGUCCGGCUAUUCAACAUAAACAAAUAUUAGACCAUCAUUAACCAUUGUUGAUCGACUAUCAUAAAGAUUGUGCCGAAACUAUUUAAGCAAUUAAACAUUUAUACUGGAUCGAUUGCUCUUCGAAGGGUGGACGUUUCUAUUUUAUUCGAAUGAAGGUGUGGGAAACGAAAGACUAAGUGAUAUGUUGUCAUAAGUUCGCCUGUAAUCUUAAUAAAUAUUCAUACUUUACUCGUUAGCACUAUCACCUUUAUCUAUUGCAUUGAAAAGGCAUUUUUGUUAGUUUGGGGAUGUUUUAGAAGAGAAGUUCCUUUACAUGAAGAUGUGGUUCAAAUAUUGUAUUUAAUCCUGUUUCGAAAAGUUGGUAAUGAAUUAUUGUUCAGACAAAACUUAUCUACUUGAGAAAUAUAUAUAUGGUCCAAACGAAAAA